UAGAAUAACUGGGAGAAUAACUAAACACAUGGCGCUCAUGAGGUCAGGCUGGCUGUGGAGACAGACUUCUGUCCUAAAACGCUGGAAGUUAAACUGGUGUGACCUUUGGAUCGAUGGGAGUCUUUGCUUCUAUAAGACUGACAGCAGGCGAGAGUUUGAGCACCGCAUCAGCCUCAAAACAGCAUGUGUAGAUGUGAGAUCUGGUCUGGAAUGUGGAGAAGUGACUCCUCCAGAGACUAAUCCCAGGGACAAUCUUGUUGUAAUUCAGCUGAGAGGCGGCUCAACAGUCAACCUGUGUGCCAACAGUGAGGAUGAAUCCAUAGCAUGGAAACUGACUCUGCUAGAGACCAGGAGAAACCCGGUGUUCACAUAUGACCCGUAUGAUGACUCUUAUGAGGUGAUCCCCAUCAACAACUAUCAUACAGUCUACAUCAGACCUGGAGCGGGACCAGGAACCCACCAGGUGGUUGUUCAGAGGGACCCAUUUGAUGGAGUGAUGGAGAAUGUAGCACUGGGAUUACUGGCAGGCAUGGCAGCAGGGACAGCAAUGCGAUCCUUCCUCUGGAUGCCCUUCUUUUUCUGUUGAGAUGAUCUCCAUUACUGACACGACAAUGCUGCACACUGCCUGUCCUCACGAACUGGGAGCCUGACAGUGGCAUGUGUAGAAAGGCUUUGUCCAUCCCAUAACAUCUUUUGUACCUUCUCUUUUCAAAUCCUGUCUUCUGUAACAAACAGAUCUUCUGGUUGUUUCUGUCUUGUGUGCACUUUUGCAUGUAAGACUUACAAAGCUGAAAAAGAUGCUAUAUAAUAUUAUGGUCUUCCUGCUUGCUUCCUGCAUAUGACAC